CCACAGCGUCGACGUGCGGAAUCUGGCGGCUGCCCCUCAUAUAUCGGCUCUGACAUUGCUAUAUUACCUAGAGUGGCUGUCCAAAAGCAGGCCCCUUGUCCGAAUCUUUGAUCCUUAACUCCUUGCCAGAUCCAGCAUUAACGUCCGAUCUCCCCGUUUACUUCCUUCCCUCAUCCGUGUGGCUUUGCGCCCUUUGCGACUCGGACCAGCAAACCUCGCAGAUGAUAAUUCCACUGUGCGCCAUCGCUACACCCCCCGUCAAGUUCUUGUCCAUUCUUUUCUUCUUUUUUGGCAAAGAAAGCCUCUUUCGAACGGGAUUCUGCUUGAUGGGAUGGACGCAAGCGAAACCAUAGGUCUUUCCUACUUGCUCGCACAGCCCAGCCCUCGCCGGGUCAGCUUGUUGUAGCGAUAACCCCCGCUGCAAACUCACCUCACCAUGGCCGCCGUCCAAGACUUGACAAGAGGGCCGGCCCUUCUCGGCGUCUCCAUCACUACGGCCUUGAUCGCCCUCUCAUCGACGGCCCUGCGAUUCGUCGCUCGCGCAGCACCUAGCGAAGACAUGGGAUCAGACGACUAUGUUGUUGGCGUGGCCAGUAUCAUCGCCUUCAUCGGAACAGUCCUCAGCAUCUUGGAAGGUACCAGCAUGACAGAGUCGGUGCUGGCGCUCGAGUACGACGUGCUGGGCCAGCCCUGGUUCUUCCUUGGCGCCACCCUGGCCAAGGUCUCCAUCUGCCUCUUCUUCAUCCGCAUCACGGGCGGCGUCAAGCUGUGGCGCGUCCUUCUCAUGACGCUGGUGGUCAUGCUGGUCGUCUUCAACUUCGCCUUCGCCCUGACCUCGAACCUCCAGUGCCGACCGCUCGAGAAGCUCUGGAACAUGAACGCCAACGGCGAGUGUUGGGACCCGAGCGUCCAACUAGGCCUGGAUUACUUUAGGGGAGCUUUUUCCGUCUUUUCGUGGCUCUUCAUGUCGCUGUUCCCAGUCCUGCUGAUCCGAGAUCUGGAGUCCGACCAGGCCAUGCGCCUGCUUUUCUACAUCCUCUCUGGCCUGAGUCUUGUCGCCGGAGCAUUUGCUACAUCCCAAACCUACGAAUAUUCGCAAGUCCCCAGACAGUCGGGCGUCUUCACCUACGCGCACUUCGUCUCGACCCUCCUCGCCAUCAUGGAGCAGAACAUCGCCAUCGUGGCCGCCAACGUGCUGCCCCUGGGCCCCCUGCUGUCCCGCCUGUGCCCGGCCGGCCGCGGCCGCGGCCCCGGCAGCCUCUUCUCCAAGCGGUCCAACUCGGGCAGCACCAGCGCCGGGAGCAGCCGCAGCUACUGGCCCCGCAAGCGCAGCGGGACCGGCACCACCAACGCCAGCGGCCGCCCGGGGCCCGCGGGCCGCUUCGCGCAGCUCAAGGACUCGCCCUCGACCGUCACGCUCCUCAUCGAGGGCCCCCAGCGGGAGAGCUACGAGCUCUCCUCGUCGCCGGCGCGGCCUGCCGCCGCCGCGACGGCCUCAAAGUCGCUUGGCGGCCUCCUGACCCGGUCCGACAGCCGGCAGAGCAGCCGGAGCGCCAGGAGCGCCGCCGCCGCCGCCGCCGCCGACGCGUGGCCAAAGGGCAUCAUUAAGACGGUCGAGGUCCAGGUCGUCGAGGAGGACAUUGCCGACAUCGAGCGCGCCGACCAGGCCAUUUCGGCCGCGGCCUCGGCCUCCAGCGAGCCCGAGGAGAACGAGUGGGACCGGGCGAUGCGGAACAACCCCUCGCGGCUCGGCAACCGAUAGAGACGAGCGGUAUUGGGAGUCAUCCCGAGGCACUUUCACGAUUUGUUUCUGGCUCUUUCUUUUCCUCUUCUUUUUCUCUUUAUACAGCGGCGGCAAGGCGUUUAUCAAGACAGGGGGACUCGGCGUAGACAUGACUCUUCCUUUACAAUGGGCUGGACGACUAAACCAAACAGCGUUCUGUUUUAUUGUUUGGCCACACUGGAGCAAUCCUGGGACGGCAUGACGGCUGGAACGGUUAUGGGACCACAUGGGUUUAUACUUGUAAUUGUACUCGGGGGGAGGCACGCUAGCGUCUGGCCUUGCUUUUUUUCAUACUCUCUCUCUCUCUCUCUCCUAUUCCUAGUAACUGUUAGACUAAUGCAGACAGAUACCCCUAUGAUACCUGGAACUAUAGGCAGGCCAAGUCGGUCUGGAGCCCUACUAUUACUGUG